UUGGAGACCAACCCGGCCCAACCCAACCGCUGCACUUUAUUAUCACUCUCGCUUGCACUUUUACCCCCCAUUUCCCCGCUCCCACUCCUUCGCCGGCGGUUCAAACAAAUCGCCAUGAAGCCUGCUCCGCGCCGAUCAGGGAUCGAGAAGAAACUGUUGGUGGCGGCGGUGCUGGUGAUUGGGCUGGGGAGUUGGUUUUACGCGGAAAUUCAGCCUCAGCCGCCGCGGUUGUGUGGGUCGGAGGGUGGGCCUCCGGUGACGGCGAAGAGGAUCCGGCUUCGGGAUGGGCGGCAUCUGGCGUACGAGGAGACGGGCGUGCCGAAGGAGAGGGCGAAGUUCAAGAUUAUUUUCUGCCAUGGAUUUGCGAGUUCCCGACUAGACGGGAUCCGAGCCUCUCCUGAAAUAAUGGAAGAACUUGGAGUUUAUUUGGUGAGCUAUGACCGCGCUGGCUAUAGCGAGAGCGACCCAAACCCUAAACGGUCGCUGAGAAGUGAGGCCUCAGACAUUGAAGAGCUUGCAGAUGCCCUCAACCUGGGCUCCAGAUUUUACCUCAUGGGCUACUCCCUCGGAGGCCAUGCUGUUUGGGCUUCUAUCAAGUACAUCCCUGGAAGGCUUGCCGGAGCUGCGCUUCUUGCUCCGGUGAUAAACUACUGGUGGCCAGGCUUCCCGAAGAACCUAACUGAGGAGGUUUACAAUAAGCAGGCUUUAGGAGACCAAUGGGCGCUCAGAAUAUCACACCAUGCUCCAUGGCUGCUUCACUGGUGGAUGAAGCAGUCAUGGUUGCCCACAUCAACUGUUGUCAAGGCCACAACCCACCUUCCUAACCGCCUCGAUGAGCAGGUCCGAGAGUGGGCUGCCUCAAAUGGAAUGCUAGAGAAGAGGAAGAAACUGGCAACACAGCAAGGUAUUGAGGAGUCUUAUUACAGGGACAUGAAGGUAAUGUUCGGCAAGUGGGAGUUUGAUCCUAUGGAACUCCACAAACCACCUUUUAACGUACAUUUAUGGCAAGGCGAUGAAGACGGGCUUGUGCCCGUUACUCUGCAGCGAUAUGUAUGUCGUCGUCUUGACUGGAUUGAGUACCAUGAGCUCUCCAUGACUGGCCAUUACCUUUCUGCUGUGCCUGGCUUCGGUGAUCUUCUUCUCAAGACGUUUCUGGUUAGCUCUCUUUAGCUUGAAACAGUAAUACUUCUUGCUGGCAUUCAUGCAUGUAUCAUUUUAUAGCUAUUUAUGUACGCCGCUUAUUGAGGCUCCCCAUGCAGAUUACUGCAAAGUUCCAUGCAUAUUUUAUAUUAGAACUCUGUAUCUUAAUAUUUAUAUACAUAUAUGUUAUUGCAAUUAUUAACCUUUUAGGUUAAAA